AUGGCGUUCACCAAUUUGGGACUCUUUUGGAUUAUUCUUGGAGUAGCAAUCGUAAGCGAAGCUCAGGCCACGUAUCCUCCAACGUGCGACUCAAAUGCCGUUUGCGUCGGAUAUUAUUCUGGAUUCAAUUGCUCCUGCAACAGUGGUUACAAAGGAAGCGAUGGGGGAUGUGUCAACAUCAAUGAAUGCGUAGAGACGCCACAAGUUUGUACAGAAAUUGAAACGUGCAACGAUAUUAUCGGGAGUUACAACUGCACAUGUGGUGAUAUUGACAUCAUUUGUCACGACCUUGCUGAUGCAUCAACGGCACCAAUGCAACUUCGUCGGUUCUCAUUUUGUAACCCUGAUGCUAACUGCAGCAAUACCGUGGGCAGUUACAGCUGCGCAUGCCAUGACGGUUUUGAAGGUAACGGUUUCUUUUGCAUCGAUCUGAAUGAAUGUGAUAUCGGAACGCAUGACUGCGUUCCCCGCUCACCUGUAACAAUAACACGAGGUAGCUUCGAUUGCGUUUGUGGCGAAGACGGCUACUGUCACGAUAAUGGAUAUUGCGUUAACCUCGAAAAUUCAACCUUCUGUGUGUGCAAAAUUGGAUACAUUGGAAACGGCGUUUUGUGCGGCGAUGUAGAUGAGUGUGAAGCCGAAAAUGAUUGUCAUUCGAAUGCAUCAUGCAAAAACACAGAAGGAAGUUACAGAUGUAUUUGUAAAGAAGGCUACGGAGGAGACGGAAAGGAAUGUAAUUUUGCGAGUGUAACUUCAAUUUCCAUCGGAUUGUUUGUGCUUAGUGUUACAUCUUCAAUGCUUUCUUAUGGCUCUAGCUAAGAUUAUUAAAAAUAGUUAUACAGUUGUACAAUAGUUUUUAGAUAAUAAUAUUAAAUACACUGUUAUAGUAUAUUACACUUCAAAGACAACUGUUAGAAUUCUCGUGGGGAUUGGAUUUUUGGUUUCUAUGAUUCGGGUAUGAUUAACAAUCAAUUGAUAAUAGAUUAUUGAAACUUAUGAUUUUAUUUUAAUAUAACGCGAUUUAUUAAUAUUUCCAAUCUGAUAUAUGCUGAACAGUGCAUUUAUAUUGCAGAAAUAUUUUUAUUGGGCAAAAAAAUCCUAGUUGAUAAU